GAUGAGAUGUCCAACAGCAGCUCCAUCACCGAGUUCCUCCUCCUGGCAUUCGCAGACACGCGGCAGCUGCAGCUCCUGCACUUCGCGCUCUUCCUGGGCAUCUACCUGGCUGCCCUCCUGGGCAAUGGCCUCAUCCUCACAGCCAUAGCCUGUGACCACCGCCUCCACACCCCCAUGUACUUCUUCCUCCUCGACCUCGCCCUCCUCGACCUGGGCUGCAUCUCCACCACUCUCCCCAAAGCCAUGGCCAAUGCCCUCUGGGACACCACGGCCAUCUCCUAUGCAGGAUGUGCUGCACAGGUCUUUUUCUUCUUCUUUUUGUUUUCAGCAGAGUAUUCUCUUCUUACCAUCAUGGCCUAUGACCGCUACGUUGCCAUCUGCAAGCCUCUGCACUACGGGAGCCUACUGGGCAGCAGAGCUUGUGCCCAGAUGGCAGCAGCUGCCUGGGGCAGUGGGGUUCUCUAUGCUCUGCUGCACACUGCUAAUACAUUUUCUGUGCCCCUCUGCCAAGGCAAUGCUAUUGACCAGUUCUUCUGUGAAGUUCCCCAGAUCCUCAAGCUCUCUUGCUCUGACUCCUACCUCAGGGAAAUUGGGCUUCUCACAUUUAGUGUUUUUGUGGUUUUGGGGUGUUUUGUUUACAUUGUGCUGUCCUAUGUGCAGAUCUUCAAGGCUGUGAUGAGGAUGCCCUCUGAGCAGGGCCGGCACAAAGCCUUUUCCACGUGCCUCCCUCACCUUUUUGUAGUCUCCCUGUUUAUCAGCACAGGCAUGUUUUCCUACCUGAAGCCCCCCUCUGUCUCCUCCCCAUCCCUGAACCUGGCAGUGGCAGUUCUAUACUCGGUGCUGCCUCAAGUAUUGAACCCCCUUAUCUACAGCAUGAGGAACCAGGAGCUCAAGGAUGCCAUUAGGAAAGUGAUGUCACGGAUGUUUUCCAGGAUGUGCUGA